CAGGUCCGGAGUUUUUACUGCCGUCCCCUCCUAAUUUAACUCCUCAGAUCGGAACAGAGAGACGAGAGGCACAGCUCUUCCUCACUGCUCUCUCCAUCAUCCCUCCAUCUUCCUCUUCCUCCUCCUCUUCCUCUGUCCGCAGCCAAACUCUCUCUCUCUCUCCACCUCUGCUUCUUCUCCUCUCUCUGCCUCCUCUUCUUCAUCCCUCCGACACACUCAAACGGGUCUGACUCUUGGGCUUCAUCAUCAUCAUCAUCAUCCUCGGAGGAAGACAACAGGGAGCUCCCUGACCCCUCGUCCCACAGGGUCACCAUGGCAACGGUCAUCUGCACUCGUUUUACUGAAGAGUAUCAGCUGUAUGAGGAGCUGGGCAAGGGAGCGUUCUCAGUGGUGCGGCGCUGCGUGAAGGUCCUGUCGGGUCAGGAGUACGCCGCCAAGAUCAUCAACACCAAGAAGCUGUCUGCCAGAGAUCAUCAGAAGUUGGACCGUGAAGCUCGAAUCUGUCGACUACUGAAGCACCCCAACAUCGUUCGGCUGCAUGACAGCAUCUCGGAGGAGGGGCAUCAUUACCUCAUCUUUGACCUUGUGACAGGUGGAGAGCUGUUUGAAGACAUCGUAGCGAGAGAAUAUUACAGUGAAGCUGAUGCCAGUCACUGUAUCCAGCAGAUUUUGGAGGCGGUGCUACAUUGUCAUCAGAUGGGCGUGGUCCACAGAGACCUAAAGCCUGAGAACCUCCUCCUGGCCUCCAAGUCCAAAGGAGCAGCGGUGAAACUCGCCGACUUCGGCCUCGCCAUCGAGGUGGAAGGAGACCAGCAGGCAUGGUUCGGCUUUGCAGGGACUCCAGGAUAUCUGUCUCCAGAGGUCCUCAGGAAGGACCCAUACGGGAAAGCAGUCGACCUCUGGGCCUGUGGUGUGAUUCUCUACAUCCUAUUGGUCGGUUAUCCUCCAUUCUGGGAUGAAGAUCAGCAUCGUCUGUACCAGCAGAUCAAAGCUGGCGCCUAUGAUUUUCCUUCCCCGGAGUGGGACACGGUGACUCCUGAAGCCAAAGAUCUCAUCAAUAAGAUGCUGACCAUCAACCCGGCCAAACGCAUCACAGCUGCUGAGGCGCUCAAACACCCCUGGAUCUCUCACCGAUCCACAGUGGCGUCCUGCAUGCACAGACAGGAAACGGUCGAGUGUCUAAAGAAGUUCAACGCCAGGAGGAAACUGAAGGGAGCCAUUCUCACCACCAUGUUGGCCACCAGGAAUUUCUCCGGAGGAAAGAGCGGGAGCAACAAGAAGGCCGACGGAGUGAAGGAAUCCUCUGAGAGCACAAACACCACCAUCGAGGACGAAGACACCCGAGGGAGGAAACAGGACAUCAUUAAAGUCACUGAGCAGCUCAUCGAGGCCAUCAGCAACGGAGAUUUUGAGAGCUACACCAAAAUGUGCGACCCGGCUGUGACGGCGUUCGAGCCCGAGGCGUUGGGAAAUCUGGUUGAAGGCCUGGACUUCCACCGCUUUUACUUUGAAAACUUGUGGUCCAAGAACAGCAAACCGGUGCACACCACCAUCCUGAACCCUCACAUCCACCUGGUGGGCGACGAGGCCGCCUGCAUCGCUUACGUCAGGGUGACGCAGUACAUCGACUCCAACGGGACGCCUCGCACCGCCCAAUCGGAGGAGACCAGGGUGUGGCACCGCCGCGACGGGAAGUGGCAGAUCGUGCACUUCCACCGCUCAGGCUCCCCCUCCACGCUGAGCAACUAACUUCCAGAGUGAGUGGAUCUUUGAUGGGGCCACCGUCACCGUGACAGCAGUUUGAUUGACAGCAGGCCGGGCCUCUGACACCAACCAUUCAGGAUUUUGUUUGAGGAGUUUGGAGAGGACACGACGGGGCCAGAAAGCUUCACUCCAACAAGUGAACUGCAUUACCAACCAACCAACCAACCAAUCAGCUUCCUCUUCUCAGCUUGUUUGGGCUUUGCUUCAGCCACACCCCUUUGUGAUCAGCCAAUCAGAUUGUAAUAAUGUUGGGAAACCUUGUAUCUCCUGUUUGUUCGAGUUCAGGAGGUUCAAACCUUCCAGAUGUUUAACAGGACCAACACCUGCACACCACAGCUCCCCCUGUGGACAGAACACGUCACUACUGUGUGUUAGCUUCACCCAGCAUGUGGUUAGCCUAGUUUAGCACAAACACUGGAAGCAGGGGGAAACGUUUAGCAUGGCUCCACCCAAACAGCCCAGUGUCGCCUCCAUCUACAUGAUGAGUUGUAGCUAAUCGAGUGUAGACGUAGAAAAAGUCCCCACCUUUAAUUUUUGCUGCUCGUCACGUUUCUCAUGGAUCUACUGACCCGUUGGCUGCACAGACUUAGCUUUUAUAGUGUUCGCGUUCUCGUGUUGGUUACCUUUAGACUCAGAUAUUAAACACAGGAAGUACGAGCCUCGCUUUCAGAUGUUUGGGAGAUACAAGCUUUCCUGAAACUACAGAUAUUUACAUAAAGGAACAAAAAGAUAUAUUAUAUAGAUGUAAUGUGAUAUAAUACUAUGAUCAAGAGCUGCUUUGUUCGCUACAGAUUAUUUAGAUAAAUGAACUCAUGACUGAGACGUGAGCUGAGCCACACUGACAACAGCACACUGACCAAUUAUAUAAUAUAAACCUGGAAAAUCAGGAUUAUCUGCAAAUACAGUAAAAAAUAUAUUAAUAAAAACACUUUUUUCUUCCCGUACAUCAGAAAUAAAACUCUUCUUCGUAGUCAUUAAUUUUAAAAAGCGCCUCAUUCCCCCUUUUUUGUUUUAUGUUUUUACAACUUUAAACCUUUUGUUUACCUUAUUUGCCUCGUAGGCUUCCAGAGUGUAUACAUAUAUACUAAUGGCACAGCUCUUAAACUAGCACGUUAGAAACACGAUUAAGCCCAGUUAUUCAGUUAAACCCUCGGGUGACCCAGAGCUCAUACAUGGAUCGUUUUAGCGGCUAAAGCAGCUCGUGGCCUUCACGAUGACGUCAUCUAACAGAGAAACUUUAUUUAAACUGUGCACGCUGCACAGGAACACUCAUCUGCUUCCACCGGGCUUGGGGAGCUCUAGAAGCUUCCACCACCCUCUGACCUGUGAUCUUCCAUGAACAGCCACACCUCUGCUCACAUCAGCCCCACCCCUCCCCCACAGCCACCGCCACCACCCUCCCCCACAGCCAACGCCACCACAUGUCCUAACGAGGAAGGCCUUAACGAGGCGUGUAUCUACCUGCCUGCUCUCCGCUCAGAGCAUCAUUAGCAGCACAAACUUUAUUGUUCACACCGAGUUUACAAGAUUCAGAUUUAGGAGCUGCCCCUUACCUUUGAGGGAACAAAGAAAUAGGGAAGGAAGAAAGGAGUCAAGGGACUAAAAACAAAAACAACAGAAACCAAGAAAGGAAUAAGGAACGUCUCCUCAAAAACACACAGACAGACACAUGCACAGAUACACACACACAGAUACACACACACACACACAGACACAUGCACAGAUACACACACACAGAUACACAC